AUGGACAAACAUCAAUCCUGUUCUACAGUUAUUAUAGAAUUACCUACAGAAUCAAUUGUAUAUGAUAUACUAAAAACUGUUAGUGAUUAUUAUAAACCUAUACAUGCCUAUUUAUCUAUUUUUAUUUGUGUCAUUGGAGCAGCAUGUAAUUUUUGUAAUAUUGUUGUUUUAACAAGACGUUCAAUGAGAACACCAGUUAAUAUGGUAUUAACAGCAAUGGCAUUUUGUGAUACAGUAGUUUUAUUUUCAAAUCUUAUAUUUACAUAUCACUAUACAUUUGAUGCAUAUGAUAGUUGUCAUCCCCGUGAUUGGAGUUAUGGAUGGGCUAUUUUUUUAGUAUCUCAUGCUCAUUUAUCAUUAGUUGGUCAUUCAUCAAGUGUUUGGUUAUCUGUAAUGUUAGCAUUAAUAAGGUACAUAACAUUACGUUCUCGUGGUAAAUUAUCAGGAACACAAGUUACCUUAAAACAUUCAUAUUUGGCUAUUGGUGCUGUUAUUAUUUUUGUAACAACAAUGAAUAUCCCAAAUUUUCUUACAUACAAAAUCAUUGAACAACCAUUAUCUGCUAGUUGUACAAUAAAAGAUGAAAGAUUUCAAAAUGCUUCAGCAUAUCUAACUGGUAUAUCUGAGUUAGCUGUUAGUAAUAGUUGUAUGGUAUUUAGAAUAACAUUUUGGAUGUCUGGAAUUAUAUUUAAAGUUAUUCCAUGUUUAAUAUUAACACUACUUGUGUGGCUUCUUACAAGAAUUUUAAAUGAAGUACAAAAGAAUAGACUUAAAUUAUUUAAAGGAAGUUCAAAAUACUCACCACCAUCAUCAGAAUCAUUAACUAAACAUGACAAUAAUUUAUUUAUAUCUCCAAAUUGUCCAUCAAAAUUAUCAACAAGUUCACAUAAUGAAUAUCCAUUAAUGGAAAGAGAAAAAUCAUUACCAUCAAGUCCAAUGCCAAAAAUGUCAAGUGGAAAAAAAAUUAGUAAAGGUGGAAAACAUGCAAAAACAGAUAGAACAACUAGAAUGCUUUUAACAAUAGUUUGUGUAUUUUUAAUAACAGAAAUUCCACAAGGUGUUAUGGCUGUACUUACAGGAAUAUUUUCAGAUGAAUUUCGUAUACAUAUUUAUAAUAGUUUUGGUGAUUUUCUAGAUUUAAUGGCCUUAUGUAAUGCAUGUACAACUUUUAUUAUUUACUGCACGAUGAGUAGUCAAUUUCGUACUGAAUUUCAAAAAGUAUUUAUGCCAGAGAAACUUAAUAAUGCCUGUAAAAUUCCAUGGAAUAAAAGAAGUCGAAGGGAAUCAGUACCAUUUACAGAAAAUAAAUAUAAAAAUAUAUUUAAAAAACAUUCAAAGUCUGUUGAUAAAUGUGAAAAUAAUGAUGUAUUAGCAAAUACAAAUUUAUUACCACCAUCAAUAGUAAUAGAUAAUGAUGGUGAGGUAUCAACACCAAAUGAUUUUACACUAAAAAGUAUAACACCACGACAGUAUCAUUGUGAAGGAUCAACAGCAAGAUAUUCCUUAAAUAGUCCAUCAAACAAUGAUGGAGAUGAAAAUUCGAAAUGCUCGCAAAGCUUGCUUCUAGAAAAAGGAGAUAAUAUUAAAAAAAAGAAAGAACAUAAAUAA